AAUCUCGUUCUUUUACUGCCAUAGCCAGAACCGUGGAGUUUCUGCAGCUUUGUCUCCCGCGUCAUCACUAUCAGCGACAAUGGUUGAGAAAGGCAAGAGCCGCAAGGACGAGGUGGUGACCCGCGAGUACACCAUCAACCUCCACAAGCGUCUUCAUGGCUGCACUUUCAAGAAGAUGGCCCCCAAGGCUGUGAAGGAGAUUCGCAAGUUCGCCCAGAAAGCCAUGGGGACCAGUGAUGUUAGGUUGGAUGUGAAGCUGAACAAACACAUCUGGAGCAGAGGUGUGCGGAAUGUGCCCACUAGAGUGCGUGUGCGGAUCGCAAGGAAGCGCAACGAUGAUGAAGACGCCAAAGAAGAGCUUUACUCUUAUGUCUCCGUCGCUGAGAUCCCUCCCGAAGGGCUCCGCAACCUUGGCACGAAGAUUGUAGAAGAAGAGGAUUGAGUUUGAUUAUCUCCAAGAAUUUUCGGUUUUUAAAUACGAAAAGAGCGUUCACUGCUGUUUUCAGCACAGAUGAUGCUGAACGUCAUUUCAGAUGGGUUUAGUGCAGACCAUGAAUGGCUUCUAUUGUCCCUCUUAUUCAUCUUACUUCAUCGUUGGUUUAUCACAUGAUUUGUCUUCUUUUGUGCUC